AUGGAUAAAUUUCUGAAAAGAAAAUUGACGGUGGAAGGAACAUCUUCAGUCGGAAAUAGAGCAAGUGAUGAUCUUUCAAAAAGACAACAUGUGGAAAUCAAUUUGGAUGCUCUACCUUCUGAUCCUGGGCUCAGGGAGAGAAUUUCCAGUUAUCAUCCUAAUGAUCGUGAUAGAAUUAGAAGACACUAUUUGCAACAAGGUCCAUGUCAACCGAAGGGACAUGAUUUUCCUCAGAAAAAAAUUGGCAACAUAUAUCGACGAUUUGUUCCAAAAUGGUUUGAGGAGCAUGGAAAUUGGUUGGAGUAUAGCAUUGAGAAUGAUGCUGCGUUUUGUUUGUGUUGCUAUCUUUAUAGGCCUGAUAUUGGAGCACAAGCAGGUGGUGAUGUAUUUGUAUCAGAGGGUUAUACUAAUUGGAAGAAAAAAGAGAAGUUCAAAGAGCAUGUUGGAGGUCCGGAUAGUGCACAUAACAAAGCAUGGAGGAAUUGUGAGGAUUUGAUGAAUCAACAACAACAUAUCCGAUCUAUUUUUAUGAAGCAAUCAACACAAGCACGAAAUGAUUAUCGCAUUCGCUUGACUGCUUCACUUGAUUGCAUCCGAUUUCUUUUAUGUCAAGGUUUGGCAUUCCGUGGCGAUGAUGAAUCUGAAGAGUCUGAAAAUCAUGGAAACUUUCUUGAGCUUCUAUACUUUCUUGGUGAUCACAAUGAGUAUAUAAAGAAGGUUAUCUUGAGUAAUGCACCGGGAAACCAUAAAAUGAUAGCUCCUAGUAUCCAGAAAGAUCUUGUUCGUGCUUGUGCUAUGGAGACUACUAAUGCUAUUCUUCGUGAGGUAGGUGAUGAAUUCUUUGCGAUAUUGCUUGAUGAAUCUCGUGAUAUUUCAGUGAAGGAACAGAUGGCAGUUGUUCUUAGAUUUGUCAAUUCCCAAGGAUGCGUUGUUGAAAGAUUUCUUGGUAUUGUUCAUGUGAGAGACACCACGGCUUCCUCAUUAAAAGUGGCUUUAGAAGGUUUAUUCUUGAAGCAUAAUUUGAGUUUGUCUAAAGUACGAGGGCAAGGCUAUGAUGGGGCAAGUAACAUGCGAGGUGAGUUUAAUGGACUAAAGACACUAAUAUUGCAAGAGAACUCUUCUGCUUAUUAUGUUCAUUGUUUUGCUCACCAGCUCCAAUUAGCUCUCGUUGUCGUGGCUAAGAAAAAACCACAAGUUGCUGCUUUUUUUAACAUAGUGAAUAAUAUUACUACUGUGGUUGGAGCUUCGUGCAAACGCAGAGAUCUACUCCAAGAGAAACAACUUAACAAACUUCAAGAAGCACUUGAAAGUGGUGAACUCUUAGUUGGAAAGGGUUUCAAUCAAGAGAGAAGUCUUCAAAGAGCAGGUGAUACACGAUGGGGUUCUCAUUAUAGGUCAUUGAUAAAUUUGUCGAUUAUGUUCUCUUCGGUUAUUGAGGAUCUCCAAAUUAUUCAAGAAGAUGGUGUUAAGCCUAGUCAGAGAGGUGAAGCAUUUUCCAUAUUAAGUGUUAUACCUACUUAUGAAUUUGCAUUCAUUUUGCACUUGAUGAUGACUAUCUUGGGAAUCACUAAUCAAUUAUCUUUAGCAUUGCAAAGGAAAGAUCAAGAUAUUGUGAAUGCUAUGGAUUUAGUUAGGGUGGCAAAACAACAUUUGCAAGAUAUGAGGGAUGAAGGAUGGGAGUCUCUCUUGAGUGAAAUAUCUGCAUUUUCUAUGAAAAAUGAUAUUGAUAUCAUAAAUAUGGAUGACAAAUAUGUGACUCCGGGACGACCUCAAAGGAAAGGAGAAGUUUUGACAAAUUUGAAUUACUCCCGGUUUGAGCUUUUCAAUAGCAUUAUCGAUUGGCAACUUCAGGAGCUCAACAAUCGCUUCAACGAGGUAAAUACACAUUUGCUUCUAUGUGUGGCUUGUUUAAGCCCAAAGGAUUCUUUUGCUGCUUUUGAUAAGUCCAAAUUGAUAGAGCUUGCCCGUUGUUAUCCAUCGGAGUUCACAGAGAUUGAUCUUCGGUUGCUUGGUAAACAACUUGAGACUUACAUUCGUGAUUUAAGUUCACAUAAAGAGUUCUCAAGUCUCAAAAGUAUCGGAGAUCUUUCUCAGAAGUUGGUUGCUACAAGAAAACAUAUUGUAUAUCCAUUUGUUUAUUUGCUCGUGAAGUUGGCGCUGGUAUUACCGGUUGCAACGGCAUCAGUGGAGAGAAUUUUUCCAGCUAUGAAAAUUGUGAAAACUCGCCUUCGUAAUAAGAUGGGAGACUCUUGGAUGAAUGAUUGUUUGAUUACCUACAUUGAGAAAGACAUAUUUUGUAAGAUUGAUCGUGAAAGAAUUUUGAAUAGUUUUCAGGAUAUGAGACCCCGUCGAGAACAGUUGUAA